GCGAGAGAGAGCGAGCGAGCGAGCGAGAGAGAGAGAGAGAGAGAGAGAGAGAGAGAGAGAGAGAGAGAGAGAGAGAGAGAGAGAGAGAGAGAGAGAGAGAGAGAGAGAGAGAGAGAGAGAGAGAGAGAGAGAGAGAGAGAGAGAGAGAGAGAACGGGAAGAGAGUAGAGAGGGUUGAACCAAAAAAAUAAGAGAGACGGGGGGUUUUAGCGGAGCUGCAGCGAGACAGGCGCUCUCUAUCUCUGAUAAAAAGGCGGAUUCUGGAACCUGGACCAGGGGAACUUUGGCGCACCGGGACAUAUCCACCGCACUGUUUUCAGGGCAAAGGACGCGCUGUUUCUCUACAUUCCGCCGGGAGGAGGACAGUGACGGGCCGGCGUGGGAUGCGAGCGUCGUCGUGGGCUACAGGGAGGAGAAGAUGCUGUGAUACCAUGAGCAUCGUCCGCGGCCGAGGAGAGAGAGAGGGUGGGAGAGAGAGCAAGGGAGCCAACGACAGGGACGGCGAGGCGGUGAUUCUCAUCACCAGCACCACCAGCAGCGACGGUGGUUGUUUCUAGAUCCACCGCGGACCAGGGAGGACCCAUUGUCCCACAACAAAUAGCCUAACAGGCCGACCCCCCCUUUUUUUUGUACGGUUGCAAUAUCUCGGUGUCGCUGCUGAGUUAGGCAGGGCAGCCUAGACUAAUAGCGCCCCGGCAGAGGCUGUUUUGAUAGUGCACCCCUCCACCCCUCCCUCCUUGAUGCAGGGCCGGGGGUGAACUAAAGUGUACACCGGAUAUUGGAAAACCCAUUCUGGUGCUGCUGCCACUGCUGCUGUUGUGAUAAUGGAAUAUUAGCCUGUACCUGAUACACCGGGCUAUUCCCGGACAUCCCGGCCUGGACUUGAUAAGAAGACGAAUAUGUGUGUGUGUGCAGGGCCUGCAUUUGGACCAUGCAUUCAUUUGUGAGAGCCUAGCCCUGUAUUUCACCGUAUGAGGGGGGUGCGGGUGAUUGUGUGCUGUGGAUGAAUGCAUGCAUUCGGUUGGGUGAGGACAUUUUGACUCGGGUGAUAUUUGACACGUUUUCUCACUGGUCAGUGUGUAACAAAUGUAACCGUCCCACUGAAUGUCAUGACUCCAUCUGCUCACUUUGAGUCCACUAUAUAUAGCCAGAGAGAGAACUAGACAUUACAGGCGGCUUACACGGAGGCUGAGCCUCGUUCUUCUAGGCGUAGCCCACGUUCAGCCAUACCUUCUAGACUCAUCGGGACCGCUCACCGACUUCAUCAUCCUCAUCCUCAUGCCACUGAUGCACGUCCCGCAAUUCGGACUUUUGAGACAAGGCGAGGAGCUCUGAGGUUGUGCGUGGGAAACACGCUAAAGACAUCUGAACAUCUCAAGAGGCUUCAUCCACUCAUCCUCGACUCUCUUUCAUUCCUCACACGGACUGCUCCGGGUGUAGUUUGCCUGCAGGAUGCAUGACAAGUGCCCGGCAGUCUAGGCCCCGCCGGCGUUAGCUUGUCUCGUCUUGCGAUCACGAACCAGCCCCCUCCGAUCAUUCAGCACAACCGAGCCACCCCACCCACCCCCUCGCCCCCCAACACACACACGCGCACACACACAUCUUCCUCCUGCUCCAUCCCGAUCCCUCCCUGCCCUCCCCUCCGGCGACAUCGCAAUAGCGGUGUGUGUAAUGUCGUUACGGCGUGGCCACGCGCGAAGAGGCACCCAUCGCCAUCUCUCUGCCGAUCGCUGCUGAUGUGAUUUCGCCGUUCAACGGGAAUUCGAAUUUACGCCGUCUCUCGUCUCUUGGCCGCGGGGGGACGGGGUGGGACGGAGCUUGCGGGAAAGGAUGAGCGGCAAGGAGCUGUCCGUAGGCCAGUCCAGCCAGUACGUGGGGCCUUACCGACUAGAGAAGACGCUCGGGAAGGGACAGACAGGGCUGGUGAAGUUGGGGGUUCACUGUAUCACAGGCCAGAAGGUGGCCAUCAAGAUAGUGAACAGAGAAAAGCUCUCUGAAUCGGUUCUUAUGAAGGUGGAGAGGGAAAUUGCGAUUCUUAAACUCAUCGAACACCCUCACGUUCUGAAGCUACACGAUGUGUACGAGAAUAACAAAUACCUGUACCUGGUUCUGGAGCACGUGUCGGGUGGAGAGCUCUUCGACUACCUGGUGAAGAAGGGCCGACUCACGCCCAAGGAGGCGCGCAAGUUCUUCAGACAGAUCAUCUCCGCCCUGGACUUCUGCCACAGCCACUCCAUAUGUCACAGAGACCUGAAGCCGGAGAACCUCCUGCUGGAUGAGAAGAACAACAUGAGGAUAGCGGACUUCGGCAUGGCCUCGCUACAGGUCGGGGACAGCCUGUUGGAGACCAGCUGCGGAUCUCCACACUAUGCAUGCCCAGAAGUCAUCAGGGGGGAGAAGUACGACGGUCGCAGGGCUGACGUGUGGAGCUGUGGGGUCAUCCUGUUUGCCCUGCUGGUGGGCGCGCUCCCCUUCGACCACGACAACCUGCGGCAGCUCCUGGAGAAGGUGAAGAGCGGCGUGUUCCACAUGCCGCACUUCAUCCCCCCCGAGUGCCAGGCCCUGCUGCGCGGCAUGAUCGAGGUCAACCCGGACAAGAGGCUCACGCUAGAAGCAAUACAGAAACAUUCCUGGUACCAGUAAGUAUCUCUUAUCGUCCGCCCCUAGUUUGCAUCAUAGCAUGUUUCAUUGGAGUACAUUCACCUUGAUGGGCAUUUAGCAGAUGCUUUAUCCGAAGCGACUUACAAAAAGUGCAUUUGUCCUAAGAGGUAAAACAAUAUUUCGCUGCUGGUACAGUAAGGAUGUUCAUAGAACCAAUUGCCACACACUUACAAUUGCCAGGUUAACCCAUUCCCCAGUUUCAGGGUUUGAUGAACAACCUUUGCCUGCUCUCAGCGAUGGGGGUACCGUUGCGAUUUCAUGAGUACAUUGAGACAAAAAACACUGGCUACCACACGGGCAACUGCCAAUUCUCCGACACAUAACAAUCACAUGGGGAUGAAUGACUUUGAGUCGCAGAUAGAAUCGCACCGCUGUGAUUUUAGUUUGACGAUAACAGCUUUUGCAAAACAAAGCAGCUUGGAUUAGGAUUCUUCUAAUGACCGGAAAUUGGACAAUCCCUCGCAAGAUUGCUGAUAUUGAUAUUCAAUGCAGUUUAUCCGCGUGUUAAGCACAUCAUUUGUGCCACUGAAACAUUUUCCAAUGUGUACUCUUAAUGCAAGACUUAUCUGGGAUAAAUCAGCUAUCUUUUCACCAGCUAUUGAGAUAAGGAUGCAAAAAAUAUUGCAAGCAACGCCAAACUGAAUUAAGUGCAGUCCAUUUCCCUGUCUAAACA